GACUCUACGUACCGAAGUAUUUAAAACGACUUACACGUAUUUGACUUUGAACACAGAUCAUCCGGAUGUGAAUGACGCCUUAGAAAGUAGCACGAAAGUAAUAACGAACACGGUUACCGCGCCGCAACAUUACCUAGACAUGAUUCUCCAGCCAUCAGAAGCUCCGCGACCGGAAACCAAUACAUAUCUCAGUACCAGAGUGUUAGAAAAGACGUUUAUGGAAGAGGGUCGAACAAAAACAGAGAUGGUCAGCGACACAAUUACUCAGUUGAUAGUAACAGAAUCAGCUCCUCCGCCGCGACCAACCAGUGUUACAACCACCCUGACUGCCUUGGACAACACCGACGGUAGCGUGACAGAUAUGACUAAGACGUAUUACAUCACGUACACGUAUUUCAAUACAUUUUUGGAGAAAGGUAGCACGGUAGUUCGCACGAACGUAGCCACGUCAACUGACGUGGUAUUGGAGAAAGUGCCAGUGCGAAAAACAACCAUGAAAACCGCUCCGGUUAAUCCUACGCCGGAGCCCAUACAGAUCUUUGCUACUAAAACAUACCUUACCACGUUCACUUACUUCACGACGUUACUACAGGCUGGCCCAGAUGGCGAAACGUCAACGACCGUGACGUCUCGUUCACAUAUCGUUGAGAACGUUGUGACGGAGUCAAUAGCCCCGAGUUUAUUAGACGCCGGAUAUAUGAACGCCUUAUUGACGACCGCGCAUCAUUCCGAUCCGGUGAAAAACGUCGUCACGGGCUCGACGAUUAUUUUCUUUGACGAGGAGGACCAGAUUGAUCCAACCGCGACCUCGAAUCUCCCACAAUCAACCUCUAUUACGGAAAUAAAAAAGCACGAGAAAAGUCCCACGAACACUACAAGUACGACGGAGACGUUGCCGGAAGAUGUUAAUUCCGACGUAAAGCCAGCAGAUUCUAUCGAUAAACAGGAUAAUAAUGGUACUACGCUAGCAAGCGACGAACCACAAAAUAAACGGCCGAAUUCUCAAUCCGGAGACGAUGUUUCAGUUAGCAAACCUCUCCUUAGUCUGGGUUCUUUAGGAAUAAAUAGCUUAUCGGCUUUGGGACCAGUAAUCACAGCGAUGGCCGGAUUAUUACAAGGAAAAACCGCUACUCGUAGAAACGACAGUGUACCCCUGGCAGAGAUUCAAGAAGUCACGACGCAACGAUCGCCGAUCUACAUACCCGUCGCGGAAUUUGCUGACGGUGACAUAGAAACCGCUGAAAGCCAACACAUCGUUCAAAUACUGUACGGCUGCCAACUUCUAGCUGCCCAUCUGGCAAAUCUCAAUCACAAUUACAUCGCUGAGACGCGCCACAAGGUGACCAGCAGUCUUGCCGACGGUAUACCGAUAUCUCCGGGUGAAGUUAUCACCGCCAACAGCGAUGUUAUCAUAGGAAAACCAGGCAAAAUGGCGCCGAGACCGCCGCAGACGUUUCUAAAAGACGAAGAGCACAUCGGCAUGAAACCACCACCGUUACCGGUACCGAACAUUCCGGUACAUCCUGUAUUAGAGGUCCUGGAAAACGACGACGAUGUACAAGCUCAACAAACUGCGCAAGUCACGCAAGUGCAGAUUUUGCCGGCUCAUCAGGUUUAUGAGGACCAUUUGAAAGUGCCGGUUUCCAUUCCUCUCGAUACGAAUCAUCCGACAGCUCCUAAACAGCCUCAAAAAUUGCUUCCCACCAAACGUAGAGCAGUACGCGAAUCCUAA